GGGCGGCAGCGGGGCCACAACCGGGUCCGCGUGCGUCACGUCGGGGCCACGGCCGCCCCCCGCCCCGGAAGGACAAGGGGGCUCUGGGAAUAUGGCAGCGGCGGCGGGAGCCGCGGCGGCGGCUGCUCCGGUGUGUGUGCUUGUGCUGGGCAUGGCCGGCUCCGGAAAAACCACCUUCGUGCAGCGCCUGGCCGCCCACCUGCACGGGCAGCGCUGCCCUCCGUACGUGAUCAACCUGGACCCUGCCGUGCACAGCCUGCCCUUCCCCGCCAACAUCGAUAUCAGGGACACCGUGAAGUAUAAAGAGGUCAUGAAGCAAUAUGGGCUGGGCCCAAAUGGCGGAAUAGUGACCUCUCUCAAUCUCUUUGCUACAAGAUUUGACCAGGUGAUGAAGUUUAUUGAAAAAAGACAAAAUGCAUCUAAGUAUGUUAUUAUUGACACACCAGGGCAAAUUGAGGUAUUUACUUGGUCAGCAUCAGGAACCAUCAUAACUGAGGCCUUGGCCUCCUCUUUCCCUUCAGUUGUUGUCUAUGUGAUGGACACAUCUCGCAGUACUAACCCUAUCACUUUUAUGUCCAACAUGCUCUAUGCCUGCAGUAUCCUGUACAAGACAAAGCUACCUUUCAUCGUAGUUAUGAACAAAACUGACAUAAUCGACCACAGUUUCGCAGUGGAAUGGAUGCAGGACUUUGAGACUUUUCAGGAUGCCCUGAAUCAAGAGACCUCCUAUGUCAGUAACCUGACUCGUUCCAUGAGUUUAGUGUUGGAUGAAUUUUACAGUUCACUGAAGGUGGUUGGUGUUUCUGCUGUGCUUGGCACAGGACUGGAUGAGUUUUUUGUCCAGCUUUCUAAAGCUGUAGAUGAAUACGAGAGAGAGUAUCGUCCAGAAUAUGAACGCCUGAGAAAAACACUCGAGGAAGCUCAGGAGAAACAAAAGAGAGAGCAGCUGGAACACCUGUGGAAGGACAUGGGCAGUGUGUGUGUGCAGGGCAGCACGCUGGCAGGACCUGAUGAUGCUUCUGCAAUGGGCCCCUCUGAGCUAAUCCUCACACGAGGAACUCUCAAUGAAGAGGAAGAAGAGAGGGAGAGUGAUACUGAUGACAUUGACCAUGAAGUGACUGAGGAGAGUCAUGAAGAACCAGCAUUCAGAAACUUCAUGCAAGACAUGCGAAUGAAAUGCCAGAGAAAAAGCAACAUGAAUGAAUGAGACCUUCACAAACAGAAGGUUUGGAAGGAACAGCAUAAAAAAACUUGCAUGGAACCAUGCAUGAAGACUUUUAUUUGUGAACUGCUUCCUCUGAUAGAUUUUUAUUUCUCUUUCUGCAGUAACUGUUGAUCAUGUGAGUUAAAGAUCUUGGAGCCAACUGACUGCACAGUUUGCCAUCUGCCACUGUGGCUUCCUGAAGCUGAGGGAAUCAGAUAGCAGAUUUUCCUCCAGAUUCUUCAGAUCUAUCUGUUAGAUAGAGCUUAGAUGCUGAGUUCCAGCAGCAUUAGUAUCUGCAGCAUUAACUGGUCCCCAGAAAUGUGUUCCAUUCGCAUGUGCAGCCAGGUGUCUGCUGCAGCCAGGGCACAAGUGAUGCUGUACUGAACUUUAUCAGUCUACUUACUGUUUGAUGGUUUGGUUUGUAUUAAAUAUAUUUUAUGUACUAACAAAUAUGUGAUAAUAACAAGGAAAUUUCAUUUUAA